GCCACAUCGAUCACACACAACGUCUCUCAGGGAAACAUUUGAAGCACUGCUUUCUCUCGAUCUUGGUCACCAUUCUUACUCUUUGGCGACGUGCUACACGUCCCACUCAUCUACCGGGCUUUGUCCGAACCAUGGCUUCCGCAAACACCAUUGAGCUUGCUCAGACUGGCAAGCGUGAUCUCCUCAUCUCCCUUGAGAAAAAGUACCAGGAGCAAUGGGCCGCGGAACGCGUAUUCGAGGUCAACGCACCGACUCCGGAGGAGACUGCGGGACUCUCUCCUGCGGAGGUCAGGGAGAAGUUCCCGAAGUGGUUCGGUAACAUCGCAUAUCCCUACAUGAACGGCUCGCUGCACCUCGGGCAUGCUUUCUCUAUCUCAAAAAUCGAUUUCGCUGCCGGCUACCAGCGGCUCCUUGGAAAGCGCGCUCUGUUCCCUCUUGGCUUCCACUGUACGGGCAUGCCGAUCAAGGCUGCCUCGGACAAGAUCGCUCGAGAAAUCGAGAUGUUCGGUUCUGAUUUCUCUGGAUACAAGCCCGAGGAUGAGACGCCAGUCCCGGCUGCCAGCACGUCCGUUGCACACAAAUCGGUGGACAAGGCGAAGAAGGGCAAGAUCGCGGCUAAGGCAACUGGUCUGCGGUACCAGUUCCAGAUCAUGGAGUUGAUGGGCAUUCCUCGCGAAGAGAUACCCCAGUUCGCGGACCCGUACUACUGGCUCAAGUACUUCCCCCCGAUCUGCAAGAAUGACAACAAUGCAUUCGGAUCACGCAUAGAUUGGCGGCGGUCGUUCAUCACGACGGAUGCGAAUCCGUACUAUGACUCGUUCGUCCGAUGGCAAAUGAACAGGCUCCACGAUAUGGGUAAGGUAAAGUUUGGCGAACGUUACACAAUCUACAGUCCGAAGGACGGCCAACCCUGCAUGGACCACGAUCGCUCGGAAGGAGAGGCUCUGGGGCCACAGGAAUAUACCGGCGUCAAAAUGGAGGUAGUCAGCUGGAGCGAGGCGGCUGCAAAGGAGAUUGAGGGCAAGCUUGGUGGUCGUAAGGCGUACUUGGUAGCAGCUACCCUGCGCCCAGAAACAAUGUACGGUCAGACGAACUGCUAUGUCGGCACAGCGCUCAAGUACGGCGUGUUCGUGAUCAACGACCAGGAGGCGUUUGUCUGCACAUACCGUGCCGCACGGAAUAUGGCAUUCCAGAAAACCACUGCUGUUCCGGGUCAGGUGCAGCAGCUGGUGGAGAUCGAGGGGUCGAACCUCGUCGGCACCAAGAUCAAAGCGCCGUUCUCUAUUAACUAUGAGGUGUAUGUGCUGCCGAUGGACAAUGUCCUUGCGACGAAGGGUACAGGUGUAGUUACGUCCGUGCCAUCCGACUCGCCGGACGACUACCAGACGCUGAUGGAUCUGCGCAAGAAGCCCGAGUUUUACAAGAUAGACCCAUCAUGGGCCGCAUUCGAUCCGGUACCCGUCAUCUCUACGCCCACAUAUGGUGACAUGACCGCACCUGCGGUGGUCAAGAAGUUCAAGAUUCAGUCGCAGAAGGACACCAAGCAGCUCGCCGAAGCCAAGGAGGUCGCAUACAAGGAGGGCUUCUACAAUGGGACUAUGCUCGUCGGCGAGUUUAAGGGCCAGUCCGUGCAGGAUGCGAAGCAGAAGGUGCGCGACAGCAUGAUCGCGCAGGGUCUUGCGUUCGCGUAUGCGGAGCCUGAGGGGUUGGUUGUGUCCCGGAGCUCGGAUGAAUGUGUUGUUGCCUUGAUGGACCAGUGGUAUUUGGACUACGGAGAGCCGUCGUGGAGGGCGCAGGCAGAAACAUUGCUCUCGAGGAUGGAGACCUACCACCAGGAGACGCGCAAUGCGUUCGAGGGUGUCCUCGCGUGGCUUAACAAGUGGGCAUGCGCGAGGACUUACGGCCUGGGUUCCAAGCUGCCGUGGGAUCCCGCGUUCUUGGUGGAGAGUUUGAGCGACUCCACCAUCUACAUGUCGUACUACACCGUCGCGCACCUCCUCCAAAGUAGCAUCGAUGGCCAAAAACGCGGUCCACUUGACAUUGCCCCCGAACAGAUGACAGAUGAAGUCUGGGACUACCUCUUCCGCGACCAGCCCUGGCCAGAAAACGCCCCGGUAUCGAAGGACAAGAUCGAUAUCAUGAAGCGGGAAUAUAACUACUUUUAUCCAUUCGAUGUGCGGUCGUCCGGCAAGGACCUGAUCCCAAACCACCUAACGUUCUGCAUCUACAACCAUGCUGCAUUGUUCUCGGAGGACAAGUGGCCGUUGAGCAUGCGGACAAAUGGUCAUUUGAUGGUGAAUGGGCAGAAGAUGUCGAAAAGCAAAGGCAACUCGAUGACGAUGCGACAGUGCGUGGAGAAGUUCGGUGCAGAUGCUGCACGACUGUGCUUGGCGGAUGCGGGCGAUGGUAUCGAGGAUGCGAAUUUCGAUGAGAAGACCGCGAACGCAAACAUUCUGCGACUGUUUACGCUGAUCGGCUGGUGUGAGGAGAUGAUACAAGACGAAUCAAAGUUGCGAUAUGGUAAACGCAACUAUCACGAUCGUGUCUUCGAGGAGGAGGUCUACAGCCGCAUCAACACCACAAAUCAAUGUUACGCUGAUAUGCAGUAUAAGGAUGCGAUGAAGUAUGGCUUUUAUGAGCUGCAAAGCACACGCGACUGGUACCGCGAAGUGACUGCUGAUGUGGGCAUGCACGGGGACCUCGUCAAGUGGUGGAUCCGCGCUGCAGCGCUUCUCGUCUGCCCCGUCGCCCCUCACUUUUCCGAGCACGUCUGGCGGACAGUACUCAAAGAGCCAAAGUCCGUGCACCACGCCCGGUGGCCGGAGCCCCGACCCGCAGACCAGACAAUCAUCGACUCGGGCGCAUACAUGCGUGACACGAUUAAGACCAUGCGCGAUGCGGAGCUGUCGCUGCUGAAGAAGAUAAGCAGAGGAAAGCAGGGCCAUGCGCCGUAUGACCCUACGAAGCCGCGCGCGGUGCGGAUUUACGUUGCAGCCACGUUCCCCGAAUGGCAAAACCAGUGUGUGCGAGCGGUCAAAGAGGCAUACGUUGCCGAGGCGGACAAAGUAGACGACGUGAAGGUGCGCGAGCUGUUGACGCAGCAAGGGCUCAUCAAGGAUAAGCGCGUCAUGCCUUUCGUUCAAGCAUUCAAAAAACGUAUAGCGCAGUUCGGUGCGCAGACCGCGUUCAACCGAACAGUGCCCUUCUCGGAAGUCAAAGUGCUUGAACAGAUCCUGCCCUAUCUGAAGAAGACCUUGAACCUGGUCGACGCUGAGGUCCUUCUGGCGGACGAUGCAAAGGCAAAGGCAACAGACACUUUCACCAAGUCCAUUAUAGAGGGCGCAGAGCCCGGUAAUCCUGCUUUCGAGUACCGAAACGUAUAGGGUUAGAUUGGUAAUUACGGUGCGGUUUAAAUACAUGCUAUGAUCGUUUGAUGGCUGUUUGCAAUGGAUUCACCUGCUGCACGUCUUAGCUUGCCGUUUCAUGCAAGUCCAUUUGAGCCUAAUUCCGAUGUAUUAUAAGUUCGAAUCGGGCAAUCACCGCCUUGACCAUCGAGAUCAGUACGUAGUCAACUUGCGCGGACCACUGACCAGUCUCGGUCCGACAGCAAUAUGGUAUCCGUCCGCCGCUAUCUGACAUCCAUCACAAUAAUUUCACCAUGAUU